AUGUGUAAAUUUGCCAGAAGUGGGCAGAAGAGCGAGGUGUUUGAGGAAAAUGAGAAAUUGAAGAUAUUUUCAGCGUACGCUAUUGUUCGCAACAUUCCCAAAGCAUAUCAUGCCAGGGAUUUGCGCGAAUAUUUCUCAGAAUUCGUUGAGAAUGAAGAAUUCCGUUGCUUCCAUUAUCGACAUCGGCCGGAAAUACAGAUUCACAGCGAUGAGGCUGAACCGUCAACGUCAAAGGAUACGAAACGUUUUUGCUGUGUUGUUUCGUUCUCGGACGUUUCACAGCGGGCAGCUUUUAUUGCGCAGUAUCACAAAAAGUUUUGGACUGACAAAAAUGGCCAGGAAAUACCGCUGAAAUGUUUCAUUUUUCCUCUCAAACCCUACGAGACCUCAAGCGAUGCAAAGGGGGUGCCGGCAAAUCUGGAUUUUCGUUCGCUGAUCGAACUUAGGCCGCCUAGUAUAAUGCCACAUGGAAAUGUUGGAACACCAACGAAAUAUUUCCUGGAACAGAUUCGUCAGUGUAAGCUGCCACCAAGUAUUCUUAAAAAUUUGGGUAUUAAAGCGAAAAGGCGAUUGAACAAAUAUGGUGCUGUCCAUCUGAACUACAGUGAAUGCCAAAAGUCUCCAAGAGAACUUGCUAAAAUGGCAGGUUCUUUUCAUCGCUAUGUUAUACCAUCGGCUUCUGAACCAAUGAACAUAAACGAAUCGUUGUUGGAUCCGGAAACAUGUACACCAGAAGAACUUGCUGCUAGUAGACGUGAACCAGACAAUGAUGAGGGGCCGGAUGAUGACAGAGAUGAAUGCGAGGAAUGGGAACGACACGAAGCUUUGCAUGACGAUGUUACGGAGCAGGAGCGUACCAAACCUAAAAAAUACGAAGAAGAGCAAGAGGUGACAUGGGAGAAAGGUGGACCUGGUCUUGUCUGGCACAUGGACACGUCGUUUUGGCGAGAAAUUGAGGAAGGCACUGACAGUGACUGGAAAUGGGCCGAUGAUUGGGAUGUUGAUUACUCGGUAUAUUAUGAUCGCAAAGAUGGUGAUUUGGAUGCCAAACAAGCAGUUGAAAUGUUGGAGGAUCAGAAAUUGAGAUCUGGUGAAAUAAAUCAAUCAGUUUUCGACAAGAAGAAAGAGAGAAAACGGCCUUUUAGUCGUUUGCAAAGGGUGUCAUCUGAUCUCGGCUUUGGUGCAUUUGAGGCACAUUCAAAGGGAAUUGGCAGCAAAAUAAUGAAAAGGUGUGGUUGGUCUCCCGGAACUGGUCUCGGACCUCAUGGUGUAGGACGGCAGGAGGCGAUUGGUGUGGAAUUCGAGGAGGCUGAUAAUGUACAGAUUGGCAGUGAGCGCAAAGGACUUGGCUAUCGCGGUGAAAAACUUCAGCGUGCAAAUUUUGGCCGACGCAGCACUCAUACUAUUGCUACAAAGUAUGACACACAAAGUGAAACAGAUGAUGGUGCGGACACGAUGGAUAAAGUUCUGCGAAGGGAAGAACCAACUGUCAUGAAAUAUCGCUCGCCGUAG